AUGAAUAUGACUGAAGUAACAUGUUUCGAACGUUUAUCAACUGAAUUAAUUCUUGAAAUAUUUAAUUAUUUCUCAUCGAAUGAUUUAAUUUAUUCAUUCCAUUAUCUUAACAAACGAUUCAACGAUAUUUUAUUUCAUCAUGAUCAUCUGAUAAAUAAUUUCGAAAUUCCAACAAACAAUUUAAAUUUUUCUAACGAUAUUUUUCAACUAAUUGGACCGAAAAUUCAAUAUUUAACUUUAACUACCAAUGAUUUAAAUAUUCCAUGGAAUUUUCUAUUAAAUUUAAAAUCCUUAACAAUUUCUUCACCAAUUCCAUUAAAUUGCGAUCAUUUUAAUUCUAUAUUAAAUCGUGAACAAUUUCGUAAUUUAGAAUCAUUUAAAAUAAAAAGUAAAAUUUGUUCUGAAGAAAUCUAUCAUUCGGAUGAUCAUAUAGUCGAAGGAACUGCAUUUACACCCAUAUUUUAUCCAUUUAAUAAAUUCAAAACAUUUCAAUAUUUAUCAACAGUAUCACCUUUUCAAACUGUUGAUGACAUUUCUGGUAUGGAUAUUAGUCCUCAUUUACAAAAAUUAUCAUUGAAAUUAUGGGAAUUUGAAACGAUCUAUUUUAUUAUUCAAUAUUGUCCAAAUUUAAAAGAUUUGGAUUUAAUCGUGACUAUAAUUCAUUCAGUUAGAGGCAAUGAAGAAUUAGAUUUAUCUACUAUUCAUCUGAAAAGAUUUUCUUUAACAAUGAAUGAUACGAAUCGAUCUUCACAAAUGACUCGAGCAUGUUAUCAUUAUCUAGCAAAAUUUAUUAAACAUUUUUCUGAAACAUUAAUAUCUUUAUCUUUGAAUUUCUGUGGUGAACAUAUUGUUAGUGAUAGUCCAUUUAUGUUGAAUGGCACUCAACUUCAAGAUAAAUUAUUACAAUAUAUGAAAGAAUUGAAAAAUUUCAAUUUUUAUAUGUCAUGUCAAUUGAGAAGUCGAAAAAAUCUUAUAUAUCUUUUGUCAACAUUUAAAAAUUCUUUUUGGCUCGAUCAUAAUUGGAUUGUAGCAACUCAUGAAAAUUAUAUUUAUACAUUACCAUUUCAUUUUUCACAUUUCUAUGGUUUCACUCAUUUUGAUCAAAUUAUAUCGACGGAUCCGAAUAUUUUUCAAAUCAAUUCUCGACUAUGGUACAAGAUAAAAACCAUAGAAGUUUCUAAAUCAUUUCAAAUUAAUCCUGAUUUAAUUAAACAACUUCGAAGAAAAAUACCAAAUUUAAUAACAAUUAUUUUCAAUCAAGUAGAAUCGAUUGAUCAGAAUAAUAUCAGAGAUGAUGUUACCUUGAGUAGUGUCAAUACUAUUCAUUUUAAUGGUGCAUCUUUGAAUUAUAUUCAACCGUGGAUUACUUAUGUCUUACCAAAUUUAAAACACUUAUUUUGCCAUGAGAAACUUCUACCUAAAGCUGACACUGAAUUAGCUGUUUUACUCAUUAAAAAACUUGAAACUCUUCAUGUGGCUAUGUUCGAUUAUAAAAUAAUCGAGCCAAAUGAAUUUUAUCUAUUCAAUGUGAAAGAUAUAACAAUAACCAUUUUUGCACACUUCAAACCUGAUGAAGAUGUUCUUCAACGAAUAUUGAAAACUUUUACAAACUUCAAUAUUUUAACUGUUCAUUUUAAAUGUAAUAUUCAUUAUAAUAAUCCGAAAUCAUGGGGCAAUAUCAAACAAUUGAUUGAGAAAUUAGAUAUGAAUGAAAUCAACAAAAACUAUCAAAUAAAAUAUUUUUUUAAUUCGAUUCAAUUUUCAAGAAACACACAUGUGUUUCUCAAACGCAAAUUGUCGGAGAUUGACCUUGUCUAA